UCAGAAUCAUUUCAACAGAGAAUAUUGGGAAGGGCUGGUGAGACUUCAAAAGCAAUACUUCCGGAGAAACUGUCCCCAUGUCAGCAACAGAAUCUCUAUCGGGAGAUGGUCCUGAUCCUUCCACUGACAACACAAUCCAUGAUCCAAAAUCACCUUCUGUUACAGAACUGGAGAUGACCCUGGAGAGCAGCAAAGCCCAGCUAAACCAUAUCGACGAAGUGUGGCCUAACCUCUACAUUGGGGAUUUGGUGAUAGCCCAUGACAAGAAACAAUUAAGGAAGAUGGGGAUCACUCAUGUGUUAAAUGCUGCACAUUCCAAAUGGGGCAGUGUGGGAGAUCAAAUCUUCUACGGCAAGAAAAUAAAUUACUAUGGUAUAGCAGCUGAUGAUUCCCCAGAAUUUGAUCUGAGUGCAUAUUUCUACACUGCAGCUGAACAAAUACAUCAAACACUGAACACUCCGAAUGCAAAACUCCUGGUGCAUUGCAUUCUUGGGAUGAGCAGAUCAGCCUCCCUGGUACUGGCCUACCUUAUGAUUUAUCACAACCGCUCACUGCUCGAUGCAGUAAACCGACUCAUUUUAUACAGGCCUGUUUCACCCAACUGGGGAUUUCUGGAACAAUUACGCAAAUUGGAUAUAAAGCUAAAUGAAGAGAAGAAACUACAGCUGACCAAAGAUGCCACAUUUUGCUGAGGGUCAAUCAGUUGCUGCGUCUUGGUCAAAGUUUGAAAUGUUUCUUAUCAGUGGAGGGAUACUUCAAUCCUUUCAGGCAGUUUACAGACUGAAGUAAUGCAAUAGCUUACUCCAACAAUAUUAUUUGCAUCCCUUUGCACUGUGAAUGAGGUUGCCUACAAUAAAGAGAUCAUAUGGUCCCUCUGACCUAUCAUUGAGUCAUAGAGAUGUACAGCACAGAAACAGAUCCUUUGGUCCAACUUGUCCAUGCCGG